AUGGACGAGUUAUCACGGCUUUCGGUGGACGUGGUCGACCAGGGCACGCUGGAGAACCAGAUCACCAAUGAGGCAGACUCGAUUCUCAAGAAGCGCGAGUUUGAGAUCGACACCAAACGGCUCUCCAAGGCGCAGGAUGCUGAAAAGACGUUUCUCAGUAAACUGCGGUCCAUGGAGCGAAAGAUCAAUGAUCCCGCCACCAAGAUCAGCGAGCGCGAGAAGCUGAAGCGCGACGUGGCCACUCUCAAGCGCACCGAGCUCGCCACGGUCCAGCAGGACAUUUCUGACAUCAGACAGCGACUACAAGAGAACGACACCAGCAGUGCAACUACAGAGCUACAGGCGUCGGAUCGACAUGAAGGCGAGUCGGAACAGGAGUACCUUGUUCGAACCGGAAAAAUCACCCCGUUCGCCAACACCAGGGGGUUUACUAGAGGAAAAGGAGAUGUGACUCAGAACAUUGAUACCAGCAAGCCAUAUACUUCGAGCACUAUUACUGAACUCGGUGAUAUCAAAGAGGACGACGACGAUGACGGAGAGGAUGAAAUCAAGGACGAAGAAGAUGCUGAAGACGACGCGGACGCUUACUCAUCUGGAUACACUACGGACGAGAUUGAACCUGAAGAUAUGGAGCUUGUGGAGCUGAAAAAGAAGCGGAGACGUACCGAACGACCAGAGACGGAAGCUAUCGACGACGGAGACGAGUGGUCUUAUCAGCAACGGCUUAAUUGGUGGGUGGAAAAGCGCCAAAAGGCUAGGGCCAGAGCCGGAGUCAUCGUUCCUGCCAGUGACUAUGCCAAGGAGGAAUGGCUUUUAGACGGACCUGAGGCCGAUGCUAUUCUUGAGGGCAACUUCAAGGUGCCUGGAGAAAUCUUCAAUGCUCUAUUUGACUAUCAGAAGACGUGUGUUCAGUGGUUGUGGGAGCUGCAUACGCAAAAGACGGGAGGUAUCAUUGGAGACGAGAUGGGUCUGGGCAAAACUAUUCAAAUUAUCAGUUUCCUGGCCGGUCUGCAUCAUUCUGGUCUGCUUACCAAACCCGUCAUUGUCGUGUGUCCUGCCACAGUCAUGAAACAGUGGGUUGAGGAGUUCCAUAAGUGGUGGCCGGCUCUGAGAGUGGUGAUUUUGCAUAGUAUGGGCGAGGGGAGCAAGGGCAAAAAGAAGCGCAAAGGUGAGAUUGACUCUGAUGACGAUGAUGAUGAAAUGAUUAGACCCACUCCUUCAAGCACCAAGAAUCUCGUUGAGACUAUUGACAAGGUGUUUAAGGACGGCCACGUGGUUGUCACGACCUAUGCAGGUCUCAAAUCGUAUCGCUCGCUGCUUCUGGACCGUGAAUGGGGCUAUUGCAUUCUUGAUGAGGGUCACAAGAUUCGAAAUCCUGACUCUCAAAUCACUCUCGACUGCAAGCAGCUCAAGACGGUGCAUCGGCUGAUUCUGUCAGGAACACCUAUUCAGAACAACCUCACCGAGCUGUGGAGUUUGUUGGAUUUUGUUUGUCCCGGUCGACUGGGUACCCUGCCUGUCUUUCACUCGCAGUUUGCUGUUCCUAUCAACGUUGGAGGGUACGCCAAUGCUACUAACAUCCAGGUCCAGACUGCCUACAAGUGUGCCGUUGUACUUCGAGACCUGAUCGCACCGUAUCUCUUGCGUCGAAUGAAGACUGAUGUGGCCACUGAUCUGCCCAAGAAGGAGGAGAAGGUGCUCUUCUGCAAACUGACGGACUCGCAAAGGCUGCAUUACAAGGGUUUCCUCAAGUCCGAAGAACUCAAAUCGAUUCUGGCCGGAAAACGGCAGUCACUAUUUGGUAUCGACAUCCUACGUAAGAUUUGCAACCACCCUGACCUCGCGUCUCGAGAGAUCCUCAAGAAGACAGCGGAUUACUACUACGGAGACCCUGCCAAAUCAGGAAAGAUGCAGGUGGUCAAGGCUCUUGUGGAUCUGUGGAAGAAGCAGGGUCACAGGACGCUUCUUUUCUGCCAGACUCGUCAGAUGUUGGAGAUCCUGGAAGACUUCUUUGCUAACAUGCCUGACAUCAAGUAUCUUCGAAUGGACGGCACCACACCCAUUUCCAAGCGGCAGGAUAUGGUAGACACAUACAACAAGGACACGUCGUACGAUUUGUUUUUGUUGACAACUCGAGUGGGAGGGCUUGGUGUGAACCUCACUGGAGCAAAUCGUGUCAUCAUUUUUGACCCUGAUUGGAACCCCAGUACGGAUCUGCAAGCUCGAGAACGAUCCUGGCGUCUGGGACAGAAACGAAAUGUUGUUGUCUACCGCUUGAUGACGGCAGGUACGAUUGAAGAGAAAAUCUAUCAUCGGCAGAUCUUCAAGCAGUUUCUGACCAACAAGAUUCUCAAGGAUGCCAAGCAGCGUCGUUUCUUCAAGAUGAACGACAUUCACGAUCUGUUUUCGCUUGACGACGGAGAAGGAGACACCACCGAGACGGGUAUGAUUUUCUCCGGUUCCGAAAAGAAGAUUGAGAACAAGAAACCCGAGAAGAAGAUGAAGGACGACGACGACUUCUACCAGGUGGUCGGUCUCAAUGGAGUGUCCAAGCUUGAGAAGUUUGAGAACGGCGAGGAGGAACGAGCCGAGAGUAAUGACGGAGAUAACGAUGACAACAUUCUCAACGACAUCUUCUCUCAGACCGGUGUGCAUUCUGCACUUGAACACGACGCUAUCAUGGAUGCGUCUCGUCCAGAGACCGUUAUCAUCGAACGAGAGGCUAAGAGAGUUGCUGAAGUAGCUGCCAAAGCUCUCAGAGACUCGCGGAAGAAGGCACAGGCCAACGACAUUGGAACUGUGACUUGGACGGGCAAGUUUGGCAGUGCCGGAAAGUUUGGCAAGAAGAAGCAGUCGGCUGGUAAAGUCGGAGUGCCGAAAUUUGGGUCAGACAAGUUCUCUUCGUCCUCCAUUCUGCAAAACAUUAAGGCGAAGAAAUCCCUGGAGGAGUCUACUAAUGCAUACACUGGUCUGAUCAACAUGAGCGAUCUGGACAAGGUCAAGCUGCUGGAGAAGAUCAGCGAGAGUCUCAAACUGGCCGGAGCAGGAGGCUUGUCGUCGAAAGACAUUGCCAACGAGUUUGCUCUCAAGUUGACUAAUCAGGAGGAGGUGGCAGUCAUGAGACAGCUACUGAGACAGGCUGGAGAGUGGAAUGGAGCCACGAAGAAGUGGAGGUAUAAGGCCGUCGAGGAUGUGGGAGAUGAGGACGAGGAGAUACAGGAGGUGGUCCCCGUGGAUGAAAUGGGAAAUAAACUGUAG